UCCAGUACUACAUAGUUACCCUGUCUCAAAAAAAGAAAUAAGCAUAGCUACAUGUGCCGACAGAUUUUUAUUAUAAAAGUAACUUAUUUAAAGUGCAUGAAUUAAAUUUUAUCAAAAAAUACAUAAGUGGAAGUUAGAAUCCAGUUAUUUGACUUAACGUCUUAAUUACAAAAUUAUGUAUUACAAACAUUUGAUAUUAAUAUGAUACAUUAUAAAACAGAUGUAUUUUUAUGGUAUGAAAGCAUUACAUAGGAGCUGAAGGUAGAAGUCAGAUAGAAGAACUCUCAACUUGUGUGUUCAUGGGGCUGUGUUCCAUCCCCAGCGUCACUAACAAAAGUAGUCGCUGUAUGAUGUUCAUGCCUUAUGACGCAUUCGUAAACUCAGAGAAUGGAUGCUUGCUAUUUAAGUAUGUGUUAAAAACAUCUCUUUAUUUGAAGUGUUAUUUUGCUAGUUAAUUACAAGAAAGGUGUAAAUAAAAUAUACCUUUAUAAACACUGAUUACUCAUUUGUUAGAUUUUAGACUAAGCAUUCUAAAGAACCUAAGUAGUAAAAGCAAAAAUCCUGCCACAUGGAAGAGCUGAUUGGAUAUUCAUUGAAAACUUUCCAACACUUUUCCUUGGGUUUCUGAAGCUGUUUUUAGAAACGGUCUGCCUGUGUAGCUCACUGUCCGCAUGAUUCUUAUUAGGAGAUAUAGCUGUGCCCCUUUGGUUUAACAGUAAAAUGAAUAGAGCUGCUGUAUGUAAAGUUCUUUGGUGCUGCUGUUGACAGCAGAUAGAUGUUUAUGAGAAAUUUUUUCCCACAUCCUUCUGAGACAAAGAUUCUUAAUGUUCAAAGGAGAAAAUGUGUAAUCUGCUGCCAUAAUAAUUAUUUGAUGAUUUGAACUCAGGUGAAUUAAAACUCUGAAUUUUAAAUGAAGAUGGCCUUGAUAUUUUUAAAAUAAUUGUCUGUUUUCCUAUUGAGACGUGAGAAACUAGUUAUCAUUUAUUCUGGAGGGUAAUGGACAUGUCAGCAAUGAGAAGCUUUAAUGUUGGCUUUGGAUUUCUCUUUAAUACUGAAGAGUGUAUUAGACAUCUUAUGGGGAGCUGCAUUGCUCAGGCAAGUAUUGUAGUGGUAAGUAGUUGGGAAAAAAAGUGCUUUUCAUUUCAGGUUUUGAGAUCACCAUUGAACACCCACACACAGAUGUAGUGAAAUGCACCCAGUUAGUAAGAGGUGAGUGGUCCCUCAGCCAUCUGGGAUGAGUGUUGAUGUUUUCUUUCCUCUAGGAUUGGUAUGGAUGCUAUGUAUUCUUCUAGCCUUUUGUUGGGUUUUAUUAAGAAGGGAAAAUGUAAGCUGGGGAGUGGUUAUACACACCUCUAAUUCCAGCACCUGGGAGACAGAGGUAGGCAGAUCUUUGUCAGUUCAAGUCCUGCCUGGUCAACAAAGUGAGUUCCAGGAUAGCCAGGGCUACACAGAGAAACCGUGUCUCAACAGUUGGGGGCGGGGCAAAAUGUGAUUUUGAAAUAGUAGUAUUCAUCUAUUUCUGUUUGUGUUUCUCCAAGUGCAUUUGGUUGCUUUUGUAUGAUAAUAGGAAAAACUAACAAAGCACAUCCUAUGUUUCUAUUAAGCCUUAGAAACAAACACAGGAGCCCUUUGUGUUUGUUGUGGCCCUAGAACUCUUCCCACAGGUUGCCAGUGUUGCUUGUCUGGUUCUGGGUUGUUUAUGGGUACAUCACAGCCUCUGGGGAGCAGUCCUAUGUUUUUCCUUCUUUUGAAGAUAAGAUCCUGUGUUUUUGGUAUCUUGCAGGAUUUUUAAACAAAAUGGCUAAGACUUUUGAAGACCGUGGGAUUUCUGUUGUUGUUUUGGAGAGUGUGCGUGCGUGCGUGUAUGUGUGUGUGUACACUGUAAUUCAUUCUAAAUUGAAUUCUAAAUUCAUUCCAUUUUAUAUCUAGAUAGCACUUUGUUUUGCUACUGGCAACAUAGGAAAAUAAGCCUAGGGUCUCUAUAACCAACACUCUUGCUAACAAAGUAGAGUUCUAAGAUUUUUGUGGGAUUUUUUGUUUGUUUGUUUGUUUGUUUUUCUUUUUCAAAACAGAGUCUCUGUGUAACAGCCCUGGCUGGCCUCUAACUCACAGAGAUUCUCCUGCCUCUGCCUCCCAAGUGCUAGGAUUAAAGGUAUGCACCACCACCAGUCUGCAAGACUCAUAUUUUUUAAUCCUAGGAUUAUAUUAUCAGUGAAAUCACUUCGUAAAUCACAAUAUUUUAAUUAUGGUUCCUGUUCUUCACAAUCAUACAAAUUUAUUUUGUAGCACAUUCUCUUGCCUAGUUACAGUAAAGUACAGACUUAAAUAACUAACUUACCUAGUUGUAGAUGUUGAGUUAAAGAAUAGUUUUUGCAAGACAGCAGACCAUGUAAUUUACUCUAAAUCAGGAACCUAAUGAAGAAAGACAUUAUAUGUGUUUAACAAAGGUGUAUGUAUUGCCUUAGGAAAUAAAGCUGGAUUUUAAAUUACAUUUUAAAAAACUGCAAAUUUGAUACAGAGAGAGAGAGAGAGAGAUCACAGUGGGUGGGGGCUCUGUCUGUCUCAUCUUUGCGGUAGCUGAGCUUCCUCCCUUUAAAGAUGUUCUUUUAUCUUUAGUGUCUUUAUUUCCUUCCCUGUUACAACUUUGAACUAACAAGACUAUUUUCCCUUCAUUCCUGUUUGAUACAGCCCUUAGGAAAUGUGUUACCACAAUUGAAAGUUUUAUUAUUUUAUGGGGUGUUUGUUUGUUUGGUGGUGGGUGUGAUUCAUAUAAAGCCCUCACCUCCCACUUCAGAUGAGACAGUUGCUACUUUGCUGCAGAAUUGGCUGUUGUCAUUUUACAGGGACCUUUCACUCUGAUCUCUCCUUCCCUCCCCACCAGGAAAGAAUACCAUACUUAUGUCACACUGCCUCCAAGACCUCUGGUGCUCUGACAGUCUUCCUUAGCACAGCUCUGCCAGACCCAGUCCCUUUUGUUAACCCCUCCCUUGAUGAUCACAUGGGGCAGCAGGGAUUUCAGGUGCCAAGAGUGACAACCAGGAGGGGAAGGAGUCUGGGGACUAGGGAGGGUGGGAUUUGGGGCUGCCAAGCUAGGUAAACAGUGAUUUUGAACAGAAGGGGGGAGGGCUGGUGAGGUCCUUCCUGUUGGGAAGGAUAUGGGGUAGGAGAAGGGGAAAAACUGUUUAGUGUCUUACAGAACUAGUUAAAUUGCUUUCCUGUUGGGGACUAGUGUCGGAAGCAUCCUUAUUCCCCUUAGAAAACUCCUCUUUCUGGGUAUUAUCUUUAAUUGGAGUCUGUAAGUUAAAAAAAAAAUAGUGGGGCUUCCUACUUUUUGUUAAUGUGUAAUAAUGUGAUAAAGAACUGAGGUUUGUGCUCUGAGUUUGGGGUGGGGGUUGUUUGUUCCAUUUUGAAGGAAAUUUAAGCCAACCUAAAUAUGAUGACAGGAUUAAGUUUGGCAGGCAACUCUUUGUAUUUUUGUAUUAGACUUCAAAAAUCUUUUCUUCUUCUUCUUCUUCUUUUUGUUUUUUGUUUUUUUUUAAAUCCAGGAGAAUGCUUUAUUUCAACUUUUAGCUGACUAGAUGCUUAACUUAGUAACAAGUUUAGCCUAGCUAAAAGCAAAUCGGCUUGUUUCUCAGAUCUAUGGGGGAUAGCAAGAACAUUUGAGUGAAUGUUGUUGAAGAUUUUCAGUAGUAUAGAAAAUGAUGGCGCUCUUGUGAUAUUUGUAAGUACAAGCAAGGAUUUGGCACAGACAUCCUAUUUCAUGGCUACCAACAGUUUGCAUCUUACGACCUUCUGUCUUCAGUACAAACCCACGGUGAUAGCAUGUGUAUGCAUUCAUUUGGCUUGCAAAUGGUCCAAUUGGGAGAUCCCUGUGUCAACUGAUGGAAAGCACUGGUGGGAAUAUGUGGACCCUACAGUUACCCUAGAGCUGCUAGAUGAGCUAACACAUGAGUUUCUACAAAUAUUGGAGAAAACGCCUAGUAGGUUGAAGAGGAUUCGAAACUGGAGGGCUAUGGCUAAGAAACCAAAAGUAGAUGGACAAGUAUCAGAGACACCACUGCUUGGUUCAUCUUUGGUCCAGAAUUCCCUUUUAGUAGAUAGUGUCACUGGUGUGCCUGCCAACCCAAGUUUCCAGAAACCUUCAACGUCAACGUUCCCUGCUCCAAUACCUCUAAAUUCAGGAAAUACUUCCGUUCAAGACAGCCGUGCAUCUGAUAAUUUAUCAGUGCUGGCAGCAGGAAUGCCCAGCACCUCAUACAGUUUGUCGUCACACCAAGAAUGGCCUCAACAUCCAGAUUCAGCCAGGACAGACCCGGGAUACACACAGAAGCAGGAGGCUACUCUCUCUGGGAGCCAAUACAUCAGCUUCCAGCAGGGUCCUUCUAUGACACUGCAUUCAGGAUUACAUCACAGGCCAGACAAAGUUGCUGAUCAUUCAUCAGCUAAGCAAGAAUACGCUCACAAAUCCGGGAGCAGUAAGCACCAUGGGCCUGUUCCUGCUGUUCCUGGAGUAGUUCCUCAGAAAAUGUCUUUAGAUAAGUACAGAGAAAAGCGGAAGCUGGAAACCCUGGACCUGGACACACGGGAUCAUUACAUAGCUGCCCAUGCAGAGCAGCAGCACAAACAUGGGCCGGCAGUCGCAGGCAGUUCUGUCACUUCACCCAUUAAAAUGAAACUGCCCAUCACCAACUCUGACAAACCUGAGAAACACGUGGCAGAAAAAAGGGAAAAGAGUGGAUCACUGAAGUUACGGAUACCCAUCCCGCCCCCUGAUAAAGGUCCCAGUAAAGAGGAGCUGAAGAUGAAGAUCAAAGUGUCCUCAGAAAGACACAGCUCUUCAGAUGAAGGCAGUGGGAAGAGCAAGCACUCGAGCCCACACAUCAGCAGAGACCACAAGGAGAAGCACAAGGAACAUCCUGCCAACCGCCACCACAGCAGCCACAAGCAUUUGCACAUGCACAGCGGAGGCGUUAAGCAUGCUGCUGAUGGGAUGCCGCCUACUGUGCUGAGGAGUCCUGUGGGCCUGGGCCCCGACGGCAUCUCCUCCAGCUCCAGUGCAAGGAAGAAGCUGCAUAUCAACGAUGCCUCCCACAACCACCACUCCAAAAUGAGCAAAAGUUCCAAAAGUUCAGGUAGUUCAUCUAGUUCUUCCUCUGUUAAGCAGUAUCUGUCCUCUCACAGCUCUGUUUUUAACCAUCCCUUACCCCCUCCUCCCCCUGUCACAUACCAGGUGGGCUACGGACAUCUCAGCACCCUCGUGAAACUGGACAAGAAACCAGUGGAGCCCCACGGUCCUGAGGCCAAUCACGAGUACAGUACAAGCAGCCAGCAUUUGGACUACAAAGACACAUUCGACAUGCUGGACUCGCUGCUAAGUGCCCAAGGAAUGAAUAUGUAAUCAUUUGUUUAGGUCAACUUUUCCUUUGCUUUUUAAUUUAAAAAUGGUUGGAAUGGAAAAUUUCCUCCUGGUCCAGCAGUGGUGCCACUGCUUCCAUAUUUGUAAGUGCUGCUUUUUUCUUCAUUCUGAAAAGAAGAGAUGCUAGUAAACAAGUCUAUCUCCACAUACGAUAGUGUUACCAGUACUGUAAACGCAUGGAAGAUGCAGCUAAGAACAUUAGGAUGAAUGGCUGGCUGCUGCUAGGAAUCUAAGCUGCCUCAAGCUUUUGUUAUUUAUAAUUUGAAUACUGUAGCUGUUUUUUGUUGUUGCUUGGCUUUGAAUGAGUGUCAAUUGUUUUUCUUUUGUGUAUUUAUACUUGUAUGUAUGGUUUGCAUGUCUCAGUGAUAAAGGGAUAAAACAGAAUACUGACAACUGUUUACAAGAAAGUGGAGAAAAAUGUACAUACAUUUUUGUAUGUUUAGAUAUUACCAUAAAUACUCAGGAUCGGAGCUGCUUGUAAGUAUAACAAUAUACAAAAUAACUUUAUUUUCUCUCGUCAGAGUCCAUCACUAAUCUAAAACACAAGUGGCACUUUUUUAUGUUAACCUUAAACUCUAGGCCUUACUGGAAGCCGCUGAGGGGACACUUCACUACUAGACGGGAUGCGGUGCCACGGGUGGUCCUUAACACUGGGAAGCUCUCAGUUUGCCUUCAGAGGUUCUGACCAGAUUGGCUGCAGAGUCAGCCCCUAAGUUCUGAAGGCUUGAAGAGGAAAAAAUAAUAAUAAAGUUUACAUACACUUGAUGUGAAGUGCAUUUACAUGUUUGUUGGCUUGUUGCAGUGCUGUAGAAGAGCAGUUAAUAACGGGCGUGGGGAGGACUGUGACUUAACUCACAGGAGCUCCCAAUGGAGAAUUGGUCCAUUUCUUCAAGGACUUUGACACUACAGAGUUUAACAGUGAACAGGGAUCACUUUUCCUUUAGCAUUUGCAGUGACACCAUAGUCUUGAAUAUACUCUUCCCAUGGAGAGAGAGAGUGAGUGAGUGUGGGGGUGAGAAAGAGAGAGAUACCAUAUUUCUUUUUCAGGUAAAUGCAGUCUUCCUUAUAAAAAUGAAAUUAAACCUAUGCUCUCUUGAUUCUUUUAUAUUCUAACAAUAAAUAAAAAGAAAACAUUGCUGAUUGUGCAUUGUACCUGUAUUUAUAGCUUAUGGUCAUUAUCAGGAAAAUGUAAGGAAAAAGGCCAGCCUCAGGCCAGCCACUGCUGGAGGUUUUACAUUCGUUUGCACGUCUUAGUAGGUUCUCAUUGAGGUGAGGCUUGCACUGUCACCUGACGCCUGGUCAGGGGAUAGACCAACUUGUCUAAAUUUUGGUGUAAGCACCAAUAGUAUGGCUCUUGUCUGUUGCUUAAUCUUGAAUUUAUUUCUGUGGUAAGUCUUAGCUGUUGAGUCUCUUAAAAUGGGUCGGAUUCAACUUGUCUUGAAUCACAGUUUUCCUCUGUAUAUGAACUGUUUUGUUAUAAAGCCACUGAUCUGUGCACAAUUGUAAUUUUAUUCAGUAUGUUGUGCUUGUAAAUAUUAGAGUUGAACCUUGUACUUUCCUUUUAUUUAGCAAUUACUCAAUUUGCCAGUAGCUUUUUGUUUUUUUGUUUUUUUGUUUUUUAAAGAAAAUUGUUGAUUAUUUGGUCAAUGUUGUUUGAACUUGGGAUGUCAGGAGCCUCUUUGUGGGAACUCAGCCUAGCAGGCUCAUCCUCGCUCUGUUUUGUCUUGCAUCAGUAAUCUGUUACUAUGUGAUUUUGUUGCUGUGUGGUAUACUAUUGUAUCAUAAACAUGGUGAUUCUGAUGCAGUUACAGUGUCACUGUGGUAAUAUUCAAGGACUAGCAUAGAAUUAAACAGUGCAAGGUGAGGGAGGGAAGGGUUUUGUUCUUGGUGACUUAGAUGUGAAACCUCGACAGAGCAUCAUGUGAACUGACAUGGGGUGGUCAUGCUACUGUAUCAUUGGGAGUGAUGCCAGGAAUUUUAAUCAGCUUUUGUAAAGAGUAUCCAGAAAAGUAGUGAACUUAUUUACUUAUUUUCAGUGUGACAUAGAAAACAAUGUGAAUAUUUAAGGUCUGGGACUAUAGUUAAACUUCACUAAGGAUUUUCAGAAAUGUGUUGGGGUUUUUUUGUUUUUUAGGUAUGGGAAUAAAGGUAAUUUUGUUGAAUCUUAUUGGUGCUAAUGAUGGACAGUUAUACAGAUAGUGUAUAUGCUAUGGAUCAGUACACUUAGUACUUCCAGAAUUGACAUUGAAAUGCUAUGUAUUCACUUUUCACUCUGUAAAUGUAAUUCUUUACAAUGACUAUUUAUUAAAAGGCAGUCAGUCGUGAUUUUUACAGGAUUGUGUGAACUAUUCCAACUCUGCAACCUCUGAACAAGAUGCUAAAACCACAAUGGGGGAAAAUGUGUGAAUCUUCUUAAGUUUCCUUUCCACUAAGGAAAACCCUCAUAUUUCAUAUCAUCAUGAAUCUGCUUGAAACAUCUUGUUUGCUUAAAAUAGUUCAUCUGCAUGGUCCCAUUAGACUCUACCAAAGAAAAAAGACUCAGUGAAUGGACAUUCUAUUGUGAGUCUUGUAAGUAGCCAUAAAUAACCAAAAUAGUAUCAAACUUAGGUGUGACUUUUCACAUGUGCGAAGUACUGUUAAGGUGAUACAUUUUUGAUGAGUUUUUUAAUACUUGAAAAUAUUAAAAAGCAUUAUCUUUAAA